AUGCUCAGUCUCCUUUUUGGGAGAAUCCACGUUGCCCUGCUGAGCUCAAUUGCCACGUUGAGCGAUAUCUCCGAUGUCACAAUCAGGGGCAACGUCGAACUAUUGCGACCAUUCCAAGGAUCUGUGAUUCUGUGGGCACUGGGCAAUACUGCAUGUGGUCUUCUCGGCAUUGCAGGCACUUCAAUAGUUCUACCGGGAAGUGCGCCAUGGUACCAGUGGCUACGAUCCAAAGUACCGACCAGUAUGGCGGCACAUCAGUGGCCUAGCCCAACUAUGUGUGCAAAGCGCAAAAGAUCUUCCGGCCUGGAUAGUGUUUCGGUCCCGAAUCUCUUGAUCCAUGACAUCAGUUAUGAAUCCGGCAAUCCACUAGUCACGGCGGUCUUUGCCCGAUCAGUGAAGAGCAAUAUCUGGAAUCUCGCAGAUUGGUAG